AUGGCGACGAUAUUCCAGAGCUUCCGAAGCUCGACCUUGUCGAAGCGCCUGCUCAUCUAUGCCUUACGACGCCUAGAGCUCCUGGAUGAGGAGACGCUAGACAUGGAGAACCUGCAGUUCGCGCUCGGCAGGACAACUACCGCUGAGUUCAAGGACGUUGGAGUGCGCCUCAAGAAACUCGAGCAACUGCUGCAGCUUCCUUCCGAGUUCCAAAUCCAAAAAGCAAAAGUGCUAAAACUCAACGUCACCAUCCCCGUCGACUUUUACACGAGCCCUAUAAUCAUCGAGAUCGACGGUGUCGACGUGCGGUUGAAGGUGUCCACCGCCGGCGAAGACAACAAGGCGGCGACGACGCCGAGCGAAGAGUCCACGGCAAUCCCCAACACGGUCAACCUCGCCGAGUCGUUCCUCAAUGACGAUACUGCUUUGAAAGAUGUCAAACUGGCCGAGGAGAAGAGGAGGUUGGAGAAUGCUUUGGCCGCCGAAACACAGGACCUUGGCGGCUCGACCAUGAGCGAGAGCUCCAUGAGUGACGAUGGCAGUCAGUUCGGUACAGGUCAGGCACUAUCACUCCCCGGCUUUCUAGCCGGCUUCCUCCAAGGCAUCGUCGACCGCAUCCAGGUUCGCAUCCGAGGCGUCACCUUCCAGUUGGAUGUUGAGGUCCCCGUCGAGCCAAAUUCGACAACACCGGAGCUUGUUACUUUUCAACUUGCUCUUGACCGCAUAGAUGUAGAGGGCGUCACUGCAGAGGCGCACAACGACGAGGGUGCGCCCACGAUAGUCCCCAAGGACGGGAAGCGCCACAUCGCCUUGUCCAAGAUCCGAGCCUACCUGAUCUCGGAAGCAAACGUCUUUUCGCAGUUUGCGCGCUCUCCCUCGGUUUCUUCACCCGCCGUCUCACAGUCUCCAUCGUUCAGCGAGCGCGCUUCCGCAUCGAGGCACAGUGCCUUUCGGCCGACUAUGCAAGAGAGCUACCUCACAGACUCGGCGGAUCUCUCCGAGGUUGACGAUGCGCUUCUGCAGGACAGCGAGGAUGCGUUCAACAUUCCGUAUGACUUCUCGAGCCAGCCAGAGGAGCCAGUCGAGGAGGAAGAAACGAAUACACCUAGAGCAUCGAUAUACCAGGACUUCUCUCCUCGAGCACAUGUUCCCAUGUCCCAGUCGACCGUCUUGGGGGACGAAGAUCGUGCUUCUCCCUGGGCCAGCUUCCAGAGGGAGGCGAGAUCAGAGCCUUCGCUUCAGCCCAUCGAGGACGCCCGACCAGCCGACCUGCUUGACUUUGGAACACCUGAAAUAUCACAUCACUCUAUCGCAGCAAGCCAACAUUCGAGCCCUGGAGGAGGUGAGGAUCUGGCACAGUCCCACUUGUUUACCCACGAGGAGGCCGAGAGCAUGUACAUGAGCGCCUUUUCCCAGGCCGAACCGCAACCCGCCGGAUCCAGAAUGCCGGGGGGGUGGGAUGCCGAUUCGAGCCCAGGAACUUUACCCAGAGCAGAGAUAGCGAGCCGAGUACCACGCCAACCGUCGCCACCGGCCUUCGAAGCAGCUGUGAGCACGCUCGAUCCAGGGACCCAUCAGUACUCGGACGCGCCAGCCCCUUCUCCACCAAAGGCGCCGUCGUCGGCAGUCGAGUCGGACUCAAAGUUUGAAGACGCGAGAGAACCAAAAGUGUCUCCGACAAUGGUCUCCGAAAGCGACGACGUCGCAGAAACGCCUGCGCAGGCAGACGAUGUGGCAACUCCAAGAGGACCGACCAGACUGGUAAAGGAACUCGUGUCUCUCCAGAACAUAUCACUGUACAUUCCCUCACUCCACCAACACAUGCAUGUGCCGGCCGACUCUCAAGCUUCGAUUUUGAGCCAGAAUCAGGCGUCGCUCGGCCUGGCCAGAUCAGUCGCGCCACAAGUUCCGGGGGCCUUCUCUGUGUACUCUACAUCACCAGGACUGAAGUCGAGCUUUGUACCGAGGGAGCCACAACCGGUCAUGACAGAGCCAGACAGCGAUGGAACUAUAGAGGUCCAAUUGUCGCCUCUAGAGAUCCGCUUCGACGCCUCAUUGGCGUAUCUGCUCGCCGUCGUCGUUAGCAAAUUGUUGGAUGCACUAAAGAGCAAAGGUUCUACUACCUCUGCUUCCAAGACGACUGAAACCUCAAAGCCACAACAGGCGUCCACAGUACCUGAUACCAAAGUGGUUUUUGAAAAGAUCUCACUCCAUUUCCUGCACCAACUUGGCGGCGUUGCCGACACGGCGGAAAGAAUCCUGGGCUCCCCAGGGUUGCAGAUGCAGCCAGAGAUUCUUCUCCGCACUGAUCUCGACAACCUCAGCAUAACCCUCAAGAAUUCCAAGAAGGCGCUCGAGACGACCGUGGAUCUUGAAAAAUUCCGCUUCGGCUACGCAAGAGAUAAUAUCAUCUCAUUUGAUCAAAGCCUUCAGAUGCGGGCCUCCGUCAUGGACAAGUUCCCAUCAGUUGGCUCAGAUGUAUCUGUCAAGGUGAUAAAAUCACCUGACUCGAUCCGGACAGAAGUCACGACCUUGCCACUGCUGGUUCAACUCGACCUGCAAAGAUUGGACGAGACUUUUAGCUGGUUCGGAGGCCUGAGCAGUUUUCUUAACAUGAGCUCCUCCAUGUCAUCGAACGCGUCCCCGUCUGCCAAGCCGCCGCCGCCGGCACCCCCAAAGCCUCGUGGAGUUCGCUUCGACGCCCCGAUCAAUCCCGACGACAAGUCAGCGUCGGCCGAAAACAAGAUUGACAUGCGGAUAGGAGGGUUUAAUCUUGAACUAAAGGGCAAGGAGUGCAGUAUUGGUCUGGAGACAAGUGCCGUCAAGAUGGUGAGCCGAGAGCUGGGCAUUGGUUUUGCAAUCAGCAAGGUUCGGCUUGCCGGACCCUACAUGAGAUAUUCUCGAAGCGAUCCGCCAAUAUCGGCGGAUAUCGGAGGUGUGCGUUUCGAGUAUCUAGCGACGCCUAAGGACAAGGAUCUCGAGAGGCUUCUGGAGCUCAUCAUCCCGUCCAAAGUCAAGUUCGACCAGGGCGACGAUGAGAUCAUGGUGGACACUCUCCUUAGGCAACGACGCAAGGGUGGCGUCCUGCGAGUCACUUUCGACCAGCUCAACGUCAGGGUUGACCAGAUGCAUCAGCUAAACUGCCUGCCCGCCCUGGGAGAGGAGGUUGCGCGACUGGCAACCGUUGCCAAGUAUCUCCCUGAAGACGAUCGUCCCGGCAUUCUGCUCUUGGCCGAGGUCAAGGAGCUGGGCGCGGUUCUUGAUUUCGGCGGAAAACUUGGUGUUCUGAACACGAACCUCAAGAACUUUGAAGUUGCUCAGAUCACUGUGCCCUCGUUGGUGGCAUUCGGCGUGCACGCCAUCUCCGUGAAUCGCAACCACCGAGAGGACCUUGUGAGUUCAUCGACGACGUUGCCACCCGGAACGCUCACCCAAGGCCCUGUGCUCAUGUUCCGCAUGAUUGGAGACGAGAUGGAGCCGGUCAUCAAGAUCAAGAUGCGCGAUGUGACGAUCGACUACCGUGUGCCAACGAUCAUGGACGUGCUGGGGCUCGCGGAGGAUGCCACACCACAAGACUUCGAAGCCAGCCUUGCCGCUUCUGUGGCCAAUCUCGGCGAGCAAGCGCAUACUGCUCUAGCUGGCAAGAAAUCCCAGACCAACAAACCACCGCCAGAUCCUGCUCGACCCAACAGUAAGCCUAUGACGGUCGACUUGGUUCUUCGCGAUUGCCUGGUUGGCCUGAACCCCCUUGGUCUCCCCUCAAAACUUCUUAUCGCCCUGACUGAUUCUCGGCUUCAAGUGGUGCUUCCAAAAGACGUGGAAACCACGGCAAAACUGGACCUGAACAAGGCCUCCAUUCUGCUCAUUGACGAUGUGGCUAACAUAGGUGCGAACCCUACCGUGAACCGCCGGCAGUCGGCAGACAUGUCGUCCCAGCAGGUCUCGCGACUUGUCGCCCAAGGCUUCGUGAGCAUCUGCUAUAUAUCCUCGGCAAAAGCAGUCGUAAAGGUGUCGGAAAGCCCGGAGGACGGUGAAAAGCAUGUCGAUAUCGAACUCCGUGAUGAUCUGCUUGUACUGGAGACGUGCGCCGACUCGACGCAGACCCUCAUCACCCUGGCCAAUGCAUUGACGCCGCCCACUCCGCCCAGCAAGGAGAACAAGUACCGCACCUCAGUCGUUCCAGUGCAGGACCUCUUGGCUUCGAUUUCGGCGGAGGCUUUCGGCAAGGCAGAAGGCGACUACGACUUUGACAAGGACUUCGAGCUCGCGCAGGAGCUGGGCGGCAGUGAUGAAUACGAUGUGGCGAGCGACGCCAGCCCUCUCCAAAUCGACUCGCGCUACUACGAAGAUGCCGGCCCGUCGGAGCCACUCUUUGAUGCGGAGGGCUCCAUAACGUCAAAUGCCACGACAACUCAAGAUACACACGACGGCGUACUGCUGACCAGCUUCAACGCUAGUGCAUCCCACCAUUCGGAUGACGGUAGCGACCUAGUAAUCCACGAGAACUUCUUCAAUAAGGGACCAGAGACCGACGGUAGAGCCCAGGUCUGGAACUCAUCCAAGAACAGCUAUGACAAGGCACCCAAGGAACUUGUCGGGCGCAGCCCACUUCGAGUCUCGGUUCGUGACGUGCACGUAAUUUGGAAUCUGUUUGACGGAUACGACUGGGAACGUACGCGCGACGUUAUCUCAAAGGCCGUGCAGGACGUCGAGAAUAAGGCCUUUGAGCGCCGCCGGCGAUCGGACCGCGCCGUGUUUGAAGACGACGCCGAGGAAGACGAGACCGUCAUUGGAGACUUCCUCUUCAACUCCAUCUACAUUGGUAUCUCAACCAAGCAAGACCCCCGAGAGCUUGCGCAAAUGGUCAACCAGGAGUUGAACGACAACGCCACCGACACGGAGUCUCUCGCAACCACCGCUUUCACGACAACGACAGGUCGCGCGGGAGGCGCCAGGCCCAAGAAGAGGCUGAGACUGAACCGAAGCAAGCAUCACAAGAUCACAUUCGAGCUGCAGGGAGUCAACGUGGAUCUGAUCGCCUUCCCUCCCGACUCUGGUGAGACGCAGAGUUCCAUCGAUGUGCGAAUCCAAAACCUCGACGUCUUUGACCACGUCCCCACCUCGACCUGGAAGAAGUUUGCCACGUACGACCAAGACGCUGGUGAGCGGGAGAUGGGUACCAGCAUGGCCCACCUGGAACUGCUGAACGUGAAGCCCCAGCCGGACCUUGCGGCCUCGGAAAUGGUACUGCGGGUCACCGUGUUGCCGCUGCGGCUCCACGUCGACCAAGACGCCCUCGACUUUAUCACCAGAUUCUUCGAGUUCAAGGAUGACAGCGCUCCUGUUCAUAGUUCGAGCAGCGACGUGCCGUUCCUUCAGCGUGUCGAGGUCCACGACAUUCCCGUCAAGCUGGAUUUCAAACCCAAGCGAGUCGACUAUGCAGGGCUCAAGUCGGGCCGCACCACGGAGUUUAUGAACUUCAUCAUUCUGGACGAAGCACGUCUGACUCUGCGGCACACCAUCAUCUACGGAGUCUCAGGCUUUGACAGGAUGGGCAAGAUCCUCAACGAUAUAUGGAUGCCGGACGUCAAGGGCACACAACUGGCCGGGGUUCUCGCUGGCCUCGCGCCGGUCCGCGGCAUCGUCAACAUUGGCAGCGGUUUCAAGGAACUCAUCGAGGUGCCCAUCAAGGAAUACAAGAAAGACGGCCGCAUCGUCCGCAGCAUCGGCAAGGGUGCGGCGGCGUUCGCUCGCACAACGGGCACGGAGAUGGUCAAGUUUGGAGCCAAGCUGGCCAUCGGGACGCAGUACGCGCUUCAGGGUGCCGAGGGUCUCCUGAACAAACCGCAGACCGACAACACGUGGGAGGAUGCGGAUCUCGACCCGGAGGAGAAGAAGCAGAUCUCUCUGUACGCGGAUCAGCCGACUGGCGUGAUCCAAGGGCUGCGCGGCGGCUACUCGAGCCUGACGAGAGACCUCAACAUGGCCCGCGAUGCCAUCAUUGCGGUGCCGGGCGAAGUCAUGGACAGCCAGAGUGCGCAGGGUCUCGCCAAAGCAGUGUGGAAGCGGGCGCCCACCAUCAUCUUCCGGCCGGCCAUCGGGGCUACCAAGGUGAUCGGACAGACGUUGAUGGGCGCAACAAACAGCCUGGAUCCGCAGAACAGGCGCAGAGCCGAAGAGAAAUACAAGCGACACUAG